AUAAUUAAAAAGAGCAACGACAACAUAUAGCACUCAUAUAAUAACAAAUAUUAAUUUGGCCAUACAGCACAAACGAGCAGCGGACUGAGCCACUGAAACUGCCACUAUGUCUGCGUGUCCCUGUUUUCUGUGGGUUUAGUGUCCACUCCUUCCUUUUCAUCGGAGUCUCUGCAGCCGUCGUCUGAAUCAGCUACAAACUGAAAGGCCAGCUCAACAACAUCCACCAUAAACAACAGCAAAUGUCGAUAUAACGUAAAACCUCCACAACAAUAUUUAAAAAAACAACGGGUUAACAAGCAGAUUGUGGUCGCACUCUGUGUUCCCGAGGAGCUGAAAGAAGAAGAUGACCCUUUUCUCUCCGCUUGAAGAGGCUGUGCUGCUGUGUGGGGGAGUGGGUUACAUCCUGUGGCGUUUCCUGUGUUUGUAAACUAGACGCUCUUGCAAACGUCGGGAGAGUGAAGCUAAAAAAGUUUUAAUGCUAGAUGAGUGAGGUGGGGUGUGGCUUCCCACCAGCCCGACCAUCCUGACUGACGGAUCUCUGGAUGACCUUGUCCCCACCCCUGUCCCUGCGCUCACAUACACCACAGCAAUGUCACAUCUGCCCAGCAGCUCAGUCCGCGACCAUAUGAAAUGGGCGGGGCUGCUUGGUUGCGAAGCGGUCCUCUCCAGUAUGGCCCUGAUGCAGGCUAGCUCCAUGGCCGCUCCGCCCAAAAAAAUGAUGGCACCACUUGGCCAUGGACCACCGCAGAGAGAGGGACCUGACCGUGGCCCCCAGAGCCACAUGAUCCUCCCAUCUGGAAUGAGCUGUCCACCCCUGCUUAUCCGGAAGGAAGGUGAAUUCCAAGCUCCCCGCCUGCUUGACGAGAAGGAGAUGAGGGCCAACGAGGACAUGCAGCAGAAAAAAAAGAACAGGAAAUCAGUAACGCCCUGUAAAGUGAGAGAACAAGAGGGAAGGGGUGGGAAGGGCACAGGUGGAGAUGAGAAUGGUCCAUCAUCCAAAGUGCAGAAAAACUUUAUUUGUGAUCACUGUUACGGAGCAUUUAGGAGCGGAUACCACCUGAAGAGACAUAUCCUCAUUCACACAGGGGAGAAGCCGUAUGCUUGUGCCGUAUGUGACAUGAGGUUUAUUCAGCGUUACCACCUGGAGAGACACAGCCUCAUUCACACGGGGGUGAAGCCGUACGCUUGUUCCAUGUGUGACAUGAGGUUUUUCCAGCGUUACCACCUGGAGAGACACAGACUCACUCAUACGGGGGUGAAGCCGUACGCUUGCUCCAUGUGUGACAUGAGGUUCUUCCAACGUUACCAUCUGGCAAGACACAGCCUCACUCAUACUGGGGUGAAGCCAUACGCUUGCUCCAUGUGUGACAUGAGGUUUUUCCAACGCUACCACUUGGCAAGACACAGCCUCACUCACACGGGGGUGAAGCCAUAUGCUUGCUCCAUGUGUGACAUGAGAUUUUUCCAGAGAUACCACCUGGCAAGACACACUCUCACCCAUACGGGGGUGAAGCCAUACGCUUGCUCCAUGUGUGACAUGAGGUUCUUCCAGCGUUACCAUUUGGCAAGACACAGCCUCACUCAUACUGGGGUGAAGCCGUAUGCUUGUACCAUGUGUGACAUGAGGUUUAUACAACGUUACCAACUGGAGAGGCACAGUCUUACUCAUACGGGGGUGAAGCCGUACGCUUGCACCAUGUGUGACAAGAGGUUUUUUCAGCGGUACCACCUGGCGAGACACAGCCUCACUCACAUGGGUGUGAAACCUUAUGCUUGCACCAUGUGUGACAUGAAGUUUUUUCAGCGUUACCACCUGGCGAGACACAGCCUCACUCAUACGGGUGUGAAACCUUAUGCUUGCACCAUGUGUGACAAGAGGUUUUUUCAGCGCUACCACCUGGCGAGACACAGCCUCACUCAUAUGGGUGUGAAACCUUUUGCUUGUACCAUGUGUGACAUGAGGUUUGUUCAGCGUUACCACCUGGCGAGACACAGCCUCACUCAUACGGGUGUGAAACCUUAUGCUUGCACCAUGUGUGACAAGAGGUUUUUUCAGCGCUACCACCUGGCGAGACACAGCCUCACUCAUAUGGGUGUGAAACCUUUUGCUUGUACCAUGUGUGACAUGAGGUUUGUUCAGCGUUACCACCUGGCGAGACACAGCCUCACUCAUACGGGGGUGAAGCCGUAUGCUUGUUCCAUGUGUGACAUGAGGUUUAUUCAGCGUAACCACCUGGAGAGACACAGCCUCACUCAUACGGGAGAGAAGCCAUUUGCUUGUGACAUGUGUGAUAUGAGGUUUAUCCAGCGCUACCACCUUGAGAGACACAAGCGUGUCCAUAGUGGGGAGAAGCCUUACCAGUGUGAGCGGUGCCAGCAGAACUUUUCACGGACAGACCGGCUGUUGCGGCAUCGGCGGUUGUGCCAGGGUCGCAGCGUAGCCAAAGUAGAGAACCAGCCGUGCUGCGAUCCACGCCCUUACCCCCAGGAACCUCCACCCGCACCCCCAACCUGGAGUCCCCUGCACCCCCCUCCAGGCCGGCUGGCGGUCUGACAUUCCACCUUCCCUACAUCCACAACACCGCCAGAGACGGGACAAGCCACAGGGUUUCUUCUUCUCAGCUCUGUGCUGAGUGACGCCACACUCUAGCAUAGGCUGGUCUUGCAGCUCCAGUCUUGGGAUUACUAAUGACAGAGGGACAUUUGUGUUUUUUUUUUGUUGACUUUUAUUGUGUUGUCCCCCCAACCCCCCCCCCCCCCCCCCCCCGUUUUUUUUUAAAGAAAAGACUUUUCUGUGAUGAACAUUGGUCCUUUUUUGUACGAUUUGAGUAUUUGCAACAAAAAAAAAGUUUCUAUUGUUGUGAUCUGCAUUUGGUGGUACUCGGGACGGGCAGAGGGUAUUGUUUAUCCUGAUGUAUUAGCAACAAAAUGGGAUGAAGUGGUGAGGAGUUUGUUUCAAAUCUUUGUGUUGCCCAUUUUGGCUCAAAAAGAUUGUCACUUCAGUCAGUAUUAGUACAAGUGAACUUUGCUUCCAGGUAAAGCAAGGAAACGACUCUGUUGACAUCUCAUGUAGACCAGAUCUUGCUUGCCAUUACAGCCAACAUAGUGUUAAGCAUUUCACUGAAAGCGGUAUCUGGAGUAAUAGGAUUUCCCUGACUUUAUCAACACAGAAGGUACAGGUUUGAUCAACACUUUGUGUAAAUUAUUGAUUGAAAAUGUUUAUUAUUUCACUAUGUGACUUGAGUGACAAUUUUUUUUCCCCCCCGGCACAAAAUAGGCCAUUAAGAAACAGAAAAUUAGAAAAUGGUUCAAAUACGGUCUGUCCCCACAUUUUCAGUGAAAACCUGAGGAAACCUGAGUAACUUUGUAAGUGUGUUUUUAUUUAAAAAAAAAAAAAAGGAAUAUCAAACAGUGCAUCAUAACAGUAAACCAGGACUUCCAAGAAGUGGAUGAUGAGAGGGCAACCUGUAGUGGACCGCCUCUCUGUCAGACAUGCAGGGUGGAGUCCCAGGAGCAUCACCUGUGUAUCUCAUGCUCCGCGUCGCGUGUGACAUGCUGAUGACUCAGGAAAUGGCACAGGAUGGCAGCCUUAGUAAGUCGUCCUCCCACACUUACUGACGCUAUUGUACGUUCAGCUGUGUAUGUACAGUGCGUGUGUGUGUAUAUACAGAGAUCUCCAGUACUUAGCAGAAAGGUGUCUCUCCUUGCUCUGUCCAUGCACCCUGGUCUAAAACCAGUGCAGGUUGGCCACUUGAAGUCCCAUUAUGUUGUUUGUACAGAUUCUCACAUCGUGAGAUUAGCGGGGUUAUACAAAAUCUUGUGGCCUUAGUGUGUUGUUUUUGUUUUUUCCAUUUGCCUUUUUCUCUGCUGUUUAUUAUUGUGGAUCAAAUGUAUUUACUAAGACGAGACAGCCUUUCAUCAUCAUGCUAUGUUUUUUUUGUUUUUUUUAUCCUAAAGCUGUCAUAGUUACAGAAUGUUGGUGGCUUCAGUGGCGCUAAAACAAACUAAUGUGUUCUCAUGUCAAGAGAGUUUGUCUUUUAAUGAUAAUGAAUAUGUUGAGUCAUUGUUACUGAUUGCAGUGUGCACAGUAUGUAAUCCUGAAGGGAGCCCCUGGGAGUCCUUAUGAGAAGUCAGUGGUGCUAAAUUGUUCCCCACUGCUGUGCUUCGGCCAGUCACAGGCCGUAGCGCAAUCAACACUUUACUCGACUCUACUACACACUAACAAUUGCCUUUUUUAUCCAAAUAUUUUGUGGUUGGUAUGUAAUAAUGGAUGUCUGUCAUGUCAUUGGAUUUAGCCUUAAGUAAGUGCGGAUACACAAAUAAUCAUUGUAGUACUAAAUGAUACUGUAACGAACGAUUUCUUUUACCUAUGAUGAGCUGUGAGCGUACUCUGUUAGUCUUUGGCAGUCAGACAGCAAAGAGCGGGUUGAUCAGGACCACUUUGCUGCCUGUUGAACAGUUUCUCAAACUUGAUCCUUUCUGUGACUGGUGAACUAGUGGGAUUGCAUUUUCCAAACUGGUCCGUUUAAUCCAGAAAUGUCGGCGCUGGGUGGGUGGAUUAGUCUGCCGGGCUGAACGUACAUGUACAUAUCAAGACAUUACACCUGUUCUAUGAUGCCACAGCGAGUAACAGGUGGCUGAAACCAUCUUGGGUGAUUUCAGGGCACUGCAGUCUUAUUUUAACGUUUGUUUGUUUUCUGUUUUUAAAUUUAAAGGUCCAGAUAAGCUUUAGACUGAAUGUGGAGAUGAAAUCCCAGAGUGCAUUAACUGAUCUCUGAUUUGUAGGAUGAACAGAUGUUUGUGUUUGAUACAAAUAAGAAGCACAGGAUACUGAGGUAUGUGGUGCUUUACCAAAAGUAUUAUUGGGGAGAUUUUUCUUUAAAUGGUUCAUUGAUGUCAGGGCAAAGUUGUGUUACAGUUAAGGUGUGUACAGAGAUGGUAUUCAGUGUGACUGAGAUAAAGUAAAAACCCAGUGGUAGCAAAGGGGCCAAGUUUGAGAAAUGCAUUCAUUUUGCUCUGGAAACACUAUUCCAAAUCUGUGGAAGGGAUACUGUUGGCACGAGCACAUACUGAAACGGCUAAAGGGCAAUACAGUAUAGAGUUGACGUCACUUGUUAAUACCUUUUUGUCAUUUGUUUUUAGUAUUAUCAAUCUCAUUGUUAAAAUGCAAUAGAAUCCUUGAGUCUCAGAUAAUUUGUUUAUAAGAUUGAGUUUUAAUUUUGUCAGACAGAUCCAAGGAUUUAUUUGUCUGAGAAUUUCUCAUCACAUUUUUGAUGAUUGUUUCAAGGACCUUUUUUUAUUCUGAUGAAAUUGUAAACACUGGAGUGAAAGCAAGAGAAAAAAAGACAAAAAAGAGAGAUGGAUAUUUUUUUCCUUCAGACUGUACUAGAUUUUAGGUUUUAGACAAAGCCUAUUUCUCCUCAACUUGACACAGAAGAUGGACAGAACAAUUUGGAUCAGUACAGUUGAGAGCCCAGUAUGUUCAGUAAUUUUCACAUUAGAGGCAGUAGUACCACAAGAAAAUGUUUUCUUUCUUAUACGAAGUCCCUGGUAUUUGUAGUAAAUUAUAUUGAUAAUGGUAUUAGAUGAACAACAGCAUAACAGUAGCUAUCACAGAUUAGUUGUUUUCUUUUAUUAGUCUUGCAUGCAGAGUUAUGGUCCUCAGUUAAGAUAGGAUCUUGAUAUUGAUUAUUUUGUGUAGGAAAACGAGUGCAUAAGAAUAACUUCCUAAAAAAAAAUGUUACAAUGAUUAUUGUAAAAUGGGCUAACUAAUAUGUACCCUUGUGAUCCAAUUAGUUUCAAGUAUAUGAAAAUCAGAGGAGAGGCUUCUUACUAUUAUGCUGAAAUAAAAUAAUUUGUAAAGGAC